AUGGAACCAGCCGCGUCUGCUGCUGCAGCGUCUGCUCCACGUCGCUACCUGCUGACGGUGGAGUAUAUCGGGAGUGCUUUUAGCGGGUGGCAGGAGCAGCCAUUGUGGUGGUAUCUUGACCUCUCAAAGCUCUUUCCUCCUCCACUCCCUCUGCAGCGUCGCUACCUGCUGACAGUGGAGUAUAUCGGGAGUGCUUUUAGCGGGUGGCAGAAGCAGCCGCUGGGGAACUUUUGUGACCCUUCAAGAGCCUCUCUCCUCAUCCACCCCCGUCGCUACCUGCUGACAGUGGAGUAUAUCGGGAGUGCUUUUAGCGGGUGGCAGAAGCAGCCUUUGGGCAACAACCCGCUGCCGUCAGUGCAAGGGGCUCUUGAGGAGGCAAUAGGGAAGCUGGUGGGGUCUGUUCCUGCAGGCAGACAGAAGAGGCAGAGAGGCAGAGGCAACAGGAGACCGCAGUCUGAAGCACAGGGGCGUGCAGGCAAGGAGGACGGUGGUCCAGACGCAAAAGCAGGUGCAGGUGCAAAGGCAGACGCUGGUGCAAAUCGACUCGGAACAUCCCGUGCGUCGGAUCGCUGUGAUGUUGCGGAGGCAGCAGCAGCAUCCCGUGGAGUGCACGCACUGGGCAACACGUGCCACGUGGACAUUCACCGACUGUCAGCAGCAGAGGCAUCAGUGGUGGCGGCGAAGGAGGUGCCUAUGUCCUUCCACGCCCGAUUCCAGGCCUCUGAGCGAACGCCUCUGAGCGAACGUGCGUCAGGGGUUGAUGAGGUGGCAGGUGGGGGGAACGACAGCCAGGCCACGUCAGGGGGUGACGCAGUGGAGGGGAGGGGAGAGGUGGGGGGGUGGGAGGGGGGGUGGGAGGAGGGGGGGGGGGGGAAGAGGAGUGGGGAUUUCCAUCCAGGUGCCUCUUUGCCUUUUGCUCCGCUUUUGCUGGCGCCCGUGCCGUUGUUCCUUCUGCCGCUCUUCUUCUCAUCGCGCUUCUCCUUCACACCUUCCUGCUUCCCCUCUCUGUCUCCCUUACCCUCCCCUUUUCCUCCAUCCUCCCUCCUGUGCCAGUGGCACAGUGCCACGCCGUCCGCCCUGCCAUGCUCCCCUCAUCGUCACUACCUGUACCGCAUACAUGCGUCGCCAUCCGCCCAUCCCUCCAUCUUCGAUCACAACUGCCUACCUGCACCGCAUACACGCGUCACCAUCCAGCUACAUGUACCGCCAUCGGGUGUGGCUCGUGCCGUGUCAUCUCAACGUGCAUGCAUGGCAGUUUCUGACGUCCCCAACUCCUCCCUGCCCCUUCCCUUCUGUGCUCCCCUCCAGCUACCUGUACCGCAUACACGCGCCAAUCAAGUGUGGCACGUGCCUGCUCAUCUUGACUCACAUACCAUGCGCCAUGUGCCCCCCCUGUCUCCUCUCCCCUCCAGCUACCUGUAUCGCAUACACGCGUCACCAGCCGCCUAUCCCUCCAUCUUCGAUCGCAACCGGGUGUGGCACGUGCCCGCUCACCUGGACGUGCAUGCCAUGCGCGCUGCAGCGGCGGCUCUCUGUGGCUUCCACGACUUCUCCUCCUUCAGAGCGUCAGGCUGUCAGGCUGUCAGGUGCGCUUGUGGGUACAGCAGCUGUAACUCUAUGUGGCUCAUCUCGUCUGAUUUCUUCCGCCUCCACCCCGCUUCUCUCCCCCGUGCUCGUCCCCUUCUGGCACGCCCUGAUCGUCCCUCUUCCUCCCACCCACGUCCGCAUGCAUUUCCCUUCUCUCUCCCCAUCCCCACCAUACCUCCCUCCCACCAGGCACGCUCUCCUCUCCGCUCGUUCACAAAGCUCUCGAUCUUUGAGGUCCCCUGUUGGCCCGCCUGCCUGCCUGCCCAAACCCCACUCCCCAUUCCCCCCCAACUCCCCGCCACUCCCCACUCCCCAUCACUCCUCCCCCCAGGCGCGCUCCCCUCUGCGCUCUCUCCAUCUUUGAGGUUCCCUGCUGGCCCGCCUGCCUGCCCGCCUCCUCCCACCCCCCACUCCCCCCACUCUUCCCCACCCACUCCCCCCCGCGCGCUCCCCUCUGCGCUCCCGUCUGCGCUCCCCUCUGCGCCCCCCUCUGCGCUCCCCUCUGCGCUCACCUCUGUGCUCCCCUCUGCGCUCCCCUCUGCGCUCCCCUCUGCGCUCCCCUCUGCGCUCCCCUCUGCGCUCCCCUCUGCGCUCCCCUCUGCGCUCCCCUCUGCGCUCCCCUCUGCGCUCCCCUCUGCGCUCCCCUCUGCGCUCCCCUUUGCGCUCCCCUUUGCACUCUCUCCCACAGCUCUCCUCCGCGCUCUCUCACACACAGCUCUCAAUCUUCUCCGUGCCCGGCUGGUCUGCCUGCCCGCCUGCUUCCCCAAGACCUAA